AUGAGUAUGUAUUCUUCACUGACGACAAGCAACCCUCGAGGACAAUACACAUGCCAUCCUUUAAACGCACACCUGGAUAACAGACCGGAAACUAACCAUGGCACUCAUGGCAGAGCUUUGUCAACAGCGAGAGACAGACACAUAGCGAUCACACAAUAUGCAAAAUGGAACCCCAGUGGCACGUCCCGGACAUGUCCCGACUAA